AGAUGCUACUCCCAGGCAGGACCUGUCUGUCAGGCUGAGGCACCUCUGCACAGGCUGCAGCUGUCUGUGGGAGGAAGCACCCAGCACCGGCGGCCUCAGUUUUGGAAGCUGCCAUUCGGGAUUUGGGGCUGAAGUGACCGCUCAAGAAGUACAGGAACCCAGUUGCUGAUCCGAAGAGAGACUUGACAAAGGGACCCGCUGAUGUCCUUCUCUCCAGCUGCCAGGGAAGAGGGCAGGUGUCCCCGAGAGUCUUGUUGACCAGCCACAAAGCAAGAGCACCUGCCCUGUGGAAAACAAUGAUCCCUGCACGUUGGUUGUACUGCUUGACACUUCUUUUGCCUAUAGAACCCUGUAGGAUAUUAUGCCAGGCUGCCAGCAAAAGCAAGGAGAAGGUGACCUCCAGGCCACGUGAUGUCUGUGAUGGUGUCUGUAAGAACAAUGCCACCCCCUGCUUUCAGUCUUGCCCUCCAGACAGUGAGGGCAACAUGAAAUUUGCCUGUAAGGCCAAGAAAUGGCACAAAGUCACUGAAACCUGCCACACGCUCAAUACUCACAGCAUCUUCGAGGAGGAUGAGGAAUUAUAUUCAGUUCAGUCAUCUGAGUCAACCAUACGUACACACAUGUUUCAUAGAGAACUUAAAACCAUAGUGGAUACGUUGAUGGAAAAGUGUCCAAAGGAUUUGUCUUGUGCGAUCAAAGGCAUAGAGAAAUCUCCUCGGAUGCCAGGGAACAUUGCCGUGGUGGUACAGCUCUUAUACAACAUCUCAACAACUCUAACCGAAGAGGUCAAUGAGAAAAAGAUGCAGAGUUACAGCGCCAUGGCUAACCACAUUCUUAACAGUACAAGCAUAUCCAAUUGGACCUUCAUCCAAGACAGAAACAGCAGCUGUGUCUUUCUUCAAUCAAUCAAUUCAUUUGCAAGCAAGCUAUUUAUGGAGGAGCAUCUCAUCAACAUAUCUCAUGUCUUUAUUCAUACCAUGGGUACGGUCGUGUCCAGGGGCAGCCUUGGGAAGAAUUUCACGUUCUCAAUGCGAAUCAACGAUACGAGUGAUAAGGUCACUGGGAGGUUAUUGCUCAGCCCUGAAGAGCUUCAGAAGGUGCCUUCUGCUUUCCGGGUCGUCAGCAUUGCUUUCCCAACUCUUGGGGCCAUCCUGGAGGCCAGUCUUUUGGAAAAUGUGACUGUGAAUGGGCUCGUCCUGUCUGUCAUUUUGCCCGAGGAGCUUAAAAACAUUUCACUGAUAUUUGAAAAGAUCAGAAAAUCUGGAGAGAGGAAGUCCCAGUGUGUGGGAUGGCACUCCUUGGAGAGCAGAUGGGACGGGAGGGCUUGUAAAAUAAUUCAAGAAAACUCCAGGCAAGCUGUUUGCCGUUGUCGGCAGAACAAGUUAUAUACUUCUUUCUCCAUUCUAAUGUCUCCCAACACUUUGGAAAGCCCGGUUCUAACUUAUAUCACAUACAUAGGCCUGGGCGUUUCCAUCUGCAGCUUGAUCAUCUGCCUGGCCAUUGAGGCCUUAGUCUGGAGUCAAGUGACGAAGACAGAGAUCUCAUAUUUACGUCACCUGUGUAUUGCUAACAUCGCAGCCACCUUGCUGAUGGCAGAUGCGUGGUUCAUCGUGGCUUCUUUCCUUAGUAGCCCAGUACUACACCACAAUGGAUGUGUGGCUGCGACGUUUUUCGUCCACUUCUUUUACCUGUCCGUGUUUUUCUGGAUGCUGGCUAAGGCUCUCCUUAUCCUCUAUGGAAUUCUCAUUGUGUUUCACACACUGCCCAAGUCAUGCCUGGUGGCCUGUCUGUUUUCCGUAGGCUAUGGGUGCCCUUUGGUCAUUGCCGUUAUCACACUUGCUGUUACAGAGCCUGGAAAAGGCUACCUCCGGCCCGAGGCCUGCUGGCUUAACUGGGACUUGACCAAGGCUCUCCUGGCCUUUGUAGUCCCAGCUCUGGCCAUUGUUGUAGUAAACCUGAUUACAGUCACGAUGGUCAUCAUCAAGACCCAGAGAGCUGCCAUCGGUAGUUCCAUGUUCCAGGAAGUAAGAGCCAUCGUGAGGAUCUGUAAGAACAUUGCCAUCCUCACGCCACUGCUGGGGCUGACCUGGGGAUUCGGAAUAGCCACAGUCAUUGAUGGUCGCUCCCUGGCCUUCCACAUUAUCUUUUCCUUACUCAAUGCACUGCAGGUAAGUCCGGAUGCUGCAGUAGAGUCUGAAUCGAGAGAGUGUGUGCAUCAAUCAGAUUUGUGGGUAGGAGUCCAUGUAUCAUGCUUUAAUAAGACAAUGAAAUGGACGUAAAUAUUUGUUUCGGAAAGGCCUGGACUUGAAUUCUGACUCUCUUAUUUAACAAUAAUAUGUGGCAUGAUCUUUGUAGGUUUAGUUUCUCACACGCAUGUUUUUCUCAUCCAGGAAGAGAGUAUAAUGCUGCCAUUUUCUAGAGGUGCUUUGAAAGUGAAAGUUCAGAUAUUAAAAUUAAGUACUAAAGACCAUAAACUCCUGUUAAUAGGCUGAAGUUUUUUUUUUUUUUUUUUUUUUUUUUUUUUUGAGACAUGUCUUAUGUAUCCCAGGCUGGCCUUGAAUGCACUAUGACAUUAAACUUCUGAUCUUCCUGUCUCCAUCUCCCAGGUACUGGGGUUACAGGUGUGCACAGCCGUGUGCCAAUUAUGAAGUCCUGGACAUCCAACCCAGGGCGUCAGACAUGCUUGGCAAAUACUCUGCCAACAGAGCUAUAUCCCCAACCUUGAGUUGUUACUAUUUGGCAAAUAAUUGAUCAUUUCUUCCUAAAAUUUAGUCUUAGAGCUGGAGGUGUUACGUUUUUAUGCUUGUUGUAUUUUCCGCUACUUGGAGUUUUUCGACAGCUGUGGAUGCCACCUUAUUUGAAGGAGGCAAGCUAUACAAAGAGGCUUUAACGGUCAUUUCUUUCCACUCUUCUCAUGCUUGAUGGAUUAAGGAAGGUUCAGUUUCAUGUGUAUCCUUGCCAGAUUCUAUAUGCUAAUACAAAUACAUACUUAAUUAUAAGAAUUGAAAACAUAUGUAGAUUAUUAUGUACCUUUCAGGCAUGUGUGCCUCCAACAUUCCAUAGAUGACAGUGGCCAUCAAAGUCAGGGCCACCAGAUUUGCUGGAUCAUACUUUACCCACUGAACUACAUCAUAGCUAUUAUGCAGCUUUCUUUCUCACUAGAAAUGAUAUUUUACGCUUUUACUGGUCUAGCGUCUAUGUAUAUUUAAUGUCUAGGAUAGUACUUGCUAUUUAACAUUUUCCUUCUUGAAUGAAAUUGCACAAUUUAAAUGUAAAGAUUGCAAUUAAUUAAAAAGAAAGCUUCUAGUUUC